CGAUCAAGCAUGGUCAUACUACUCGUCUGCCACCCAAAUGAUCGGCCUGUGUACCCUCUUACAAUCCUCUUUCAGUCAACGCUCUAAGCUUGAUAUCGAUCUUCAACGUUUCCUUUUCGACCAUACCGUUGAGACCGCAUCAGUCAGUCAGCUGAGGAUCGUAAUGAUUUAUUACGAGAUGGCCAAAGCCGUUGGGAAUCCUAAUCUGAUGUCUAGCUCACUAAUCCGCAUCGCAACCAUUUAUAAUGAAUUGAUCUCUGGGCUGAUUUACGAGCAAGUAUCCCGGAUCGUACCGCCCCGUCAAGCGGCCCUCUAUAUCGUACUGGCUGCACAUCGCUACACGUUUGCCCAGCAGAAUUGGCUUUCGAAAAUCUGUCUCAGGCAGUCUCCUCAAUUUAUUGGUUGGGACCGGACCGAAGAUUAUAUCGAUCACAAGAUGGCACAGAUGGCUGAGCUCGACUCAGAUUGGCCCGCAGCUGUGAUCCGCUACUGGAACGUGAUUAGGAGACGGAUCCAUUCGGGUGCUUGUGAUGAGGAUGAUGAAGUCUAUGUUACGAAAUUCAGAGCGCUGUAUCAAAAGUCGAUCGACGUUAAUCCAUCAUUGGAACUCCCUAGGAUCGAUGAUAUUUCCCUGUUUGAUGUCGAACGCUGUAAGAUUCGUGUACCUCAUCAGAAUCAUCUUCAAGCAUAUCCGGACGUAGAUUCAAGCAUCUGGGAGCAACUGGCUUCCCGCUGUCCGGGGAGUCCUGAUUUGGUGGACACACGCAAGGAACUAAAUACAGCUGUGGUGAAUGAGCCUUUCUAUCUGGACUUGUUCUUACAAAAUCCUUUGAAAACCUCGAUCAAGGUUACCCAUCUCGAUAUCAAGGUGGCCAAUUCAGAUACACCCGUCAACUCGGAUGAUGAUCUUUUAUCCAACCUAGAAAUCACACCCAUCGAAGAUUUCGAACUUCUCCCACUUGAAACCCGUGAAAUUUCAGUCAAGUUGUUAUGCAAGAGAGCAUCGAUGAAGAUUGAAAUAACACACGUCAAAUUCAGAUUUGAUUCAUUAGUUGAUUGUUCACAAAAGUUGAAGAAGAAAGGGAAGCGACUCCAAGCUACUUUAAUCCAACGGCUAGGCCGGGUCUAUACGAACGACCAAUCCAUGCAAGUUCGCGUUCGAGACGAGAUUCCUAUCCUUGAAAUCGUCGGCUCUGAGAAUCUCCCCACGACAAUCUAUGAUGGCGAGAGCUUGAUUUCGAGGAUCUCGAUUCGUAACUCGGGGCAAGUUGGAUUGAAGGACUUACGAUCCGUUAUCAGUCACACCAGCUUCUUCAGAUUUUGCUCAGAUUCACAAUCAACCACUGAAACCAGUGUUUUAUACGAAAAAUCCAGUGAUGACUCUUCCGAACAGAUGAUCCUAGAAACGCCUAACCACUUGCUUCCAGAAUCACCAGCCUUGUUGGCCCAGGAUCUGAAGGAAGGCGAAACCAUGGAGGCUUCGAUUGUUUGUCGAGGGGAGGGCGUUGGACAGCAUACCACAUGUUGGGUGUUUGUGUUCCGGCAUGCUACUUCUGGAGAAAUUUUGAGCUUCCGUCAUGUCCAGUAUCUAACCGUCCUACCUUCAUUGUCGAUCAAACCCGUCAUUCGCCCCAGUCUCACACCGGAUCCCUUUUACUUGUUAACCCUAGAGCUCGAUUGCCAGGACCUUUCCGAAGAUAUUGAGAUAUACCAAGUCUCAACGAUCAGUACGCAUUGGUCGUGCAAAUGGAUCAAUUGUAAUCCAGGAUCGUCGGGUCUGCUUCAGCUUCCAAAGGGAUCUUCGUCUGUCAAUCUGGCUUUCGAGGUCCAUCCCCGCCACGACUCUCGCGACGAUCCAACCAUGAUCACCAUGCUAGAGCAACUCAAAAAACUGCUCAAGAAGGAAGAAUUGGUGUCUGAUGAAAUCGCCAAGUCUUCUGUCCGCUCCCAUGUUUCUUUGACCCAUCCAACCACUGAGCCAUUUGUCAGGCUUGGCGCCCCCACACUCCUCAACACCGUCCUCACAUCGCGGCGAAGCGCGCGACGGAAAGCGUUGGAAGGCUAUUUCACGAGCCUGACGGGGCCAGAAAUCGAGUCGAUCUUCCCGCUAACGACGAGUCGAUCGAUGGAGAUGCUCGUAUUUUGGAGGAGCAAGGAGGAGUCCGGCAAGUUCCUUCAAGGACACCAUUCUCUUCCCGAGCUCAGUUUCGGCGCGACCCUCGAUCUUGUGAGGGAUACUCUGGAGAUCGUCAAGGAUAAAGCCGGUGGAAUGUAUCAGCAAAGUCAGCUCCAGCAGAAACUCCUCGUCGCUCAGUUCCAGAACUCCGAGUUCGGUAGCUCUCAGGACCCGUUGGCUGUCGAGCUCUCCACUAGUCAAUCAUUCAUCGAAUGGGAUUUCGAGAACAAAGGUCCAUUGACGAUCCCAGUGACGUUCACGAUCAAGAACCUUUCGACGAGUGCGUCCGCAUGGUAUGAGUUGAGGCUAGAGCGGGGAGACAUGCAGACGAGAGCGAGUCCGCAGAACGCUCCUUCAGCCGGGCCGGUCUUCUCCUCAUCUACUCCUCACGAGAAUCAUAUGGCCUCGACCAAUUGGGUCGGUCAACUUAAUCAUUCUGGGGCCUUGGAGCCGCUCCAAAAGCGCCAGAUCGUCGCCGCGUGUUGGGUCUUUGGUCCCGCCAUCGUCGACCUGGGCAAUUGGACUUGUCGCGCUUCGUAUCGUCCUCUUCUUCUGGAUGUCGAUGGUCAGAAUCUGCGGGCCAUCGAGAAGAAGCCGGCUUGGAUUAGAAACGGAACGUCUAGAGUCGUUCAUGUCUCGUCUCUCUCUUCUUCUGAUGCUUUCUCUUCAUGAUAACCUCAACCAAAACAUAACUCUUCUUUCCUUUUUUUUCCGUUAUGUGUUUGUGUUGUUGUUUCUUAAUUUGUAUGUAAAUGCUGCAAGCAAUGAUUUUUCUUUUCUUUUCAGAAGUAUUCAAACCGCGUCUGAACGCGGAAAAACCGUGUUUUUUUUUAUUAAAGCAUUUUUUUUGCUAUUUUCAAUGGGCUUUAUGAGAGGCAAUCAAUUUUUGGUUGUUUG